GUAACGUUUCCGACCCCGAUAUACGCCUUCUUUCCAGGAACCAUGUUGUUAGAGGAACAGAGAUUCCUCCAUGAGGAUCUGGAGCGCCUGGAGCAAGCCAUUUCCGAACGUGUGGCAGAAGACCCGAGAAAUAUUAAAGACAGACUCAACCGGGACCAUCAAGUCAACAAUUUCCUCGCGCGAGUUCAAGAGCAGUCCAAGCGAUUAAUCAACAUCUACAAAGAUGCUGGUGGCGAGCGACUCAGAGAAGUCCAAGGUCUGACGGCGGGAGAUCCAUUCGACGAAUUCUACAAGCAACUAGAGGAGGUCAAGGACUUUCAUCGUCGAUAUCCCAACGAGGCCGUCGAAAAUCUCGAGCGCGCAUACAAGAGGAGACGACCUGAGGAGGGUGAGCCUGUGGUUUCGGAGAUUGACAACAUGUUUACCGGGGAAGAGUCAAACGGUCGCUUCCUCGAUCUCACGUCGCUACACGAAGACUACCUCAAUCUACCUGGUGUGAAGCGUCUCAGCUACCUCCAGUAUCUCGACAACUUUGACGCCUUCGAAGCCCCACGGAUGCCCAUCAAGAGACAGAACAAAGUGACGGAUACUUACCUGAAAUAUGUGGCGGAUCUGGCCAGUUACCUGGAGGGUUUCGUACGGCGGACGCGACCACUGGACGAUCUCCAGAAGAUCUUUUUACGUCUCGACAGAGAUUUUGAGACCUCCUGGGAGGCGGGCACCGUCCCAGGUUGGACGAAAGAAACAGCACCGGGUGCAUCAGCGACUGCUGGUAGUGGACCACAAACAGAAGGCACGGGCGCGGGAAUAUGGUGUUCUGACUGCGAAAAGGAGUUUAGCAAUCAAAACGUGUACAAGGCCCAUUUGACGGGCAAAAAGCACAUUCGCAACGCCGCAGCCAAGAAACCUCAGACACAGACAGCGAAUGGACAAACCACAACAAACCCCUCGGCGGCGAUCUCCCUGUCCGGCACAAAGCUGAAGGAACGAGUGAUAGCGUCCCACGAACACCGCGUGCGGGCACUGGCAGACAUGCUGUCCAACGAACGCAGCAACACGCGGGUCAACGUCGAGCGCAAACAGGGCAUGACGGAGCGAGAGCGGCAGGCGGAACUCGACGCCCUUUUCGCCGAGGACGACGCUGCGGUGCUGGCGGCGUCCCAGCGCGGCCAUCGACUCCACACCGGCGGUGGCGACGACUCCGGCUCGGAGUCCGACGGCGACGAAAAGAUCUACAACCCCCUCAAACUCCCCCUGGCCUGGGACGGCAAACCCAUCCCGUACUGGCUGUACAAGCUGCACGGUUUGGGGGUCGAGUUCACCUGCGAGAUCUGCGGCAACUUUGUGUACAUGGGCCGGCGGGCCUUCGACAAACACUUUAGCGAGGCCCGGCACAUCUACGGCCUCAAGUGCCUGGGCAUCACCGGCGCCGGCACCGGCGGGUUGAGUCUGUUCCGCGAGAUCACCGGCAUCCAGGACGCCCUGGCCCUCUGGGAGAAGAUCAGGCGGGAGAAGCGGGACCAGGAGAGCAACGAGGACAGCGUCGUCCAGAUGGAGGACGGCGAGGGUAACGUCAUGCCCGAGAGGAUCUACCUGGACCUUCAGAAGCAGGGCAUCUUGUAACAAUAGCUUGGAAUUUGUACGGGUCGACGUCGUUGCUCCAACCAAGAAAGUGCCAUUUUGUCCACCAUGCGAACAGACAGGUUAGGAUGGGCUUUUCACAAGAAUUAAUCUGAUACCCCUUUGGAGACCUUA